AUGUCCACCGCACCGCCCCCAUCGCCGCUCAAGAAGCCCUGCAAACUGGCCCUGCUCCAGCUCGCAAGCGGCAACGACAAAGCCGCCAACCUCGCCAACGCACGCAAGCAGGUCGCCGCCGCCGCCGCCCGCGGCGCCAACAUCGUCGUCCUCCCCGAAUGCUUCAACUCCCCCUACGGCACCUCCUACUUCCGUAGCUACGCCGAGCCCAUCCCCCACGGCGACACCACCUACCCGGACUCCCUCACCCCCUCCUACACCGCCCUCUCCACCGCCGCGCGCGAAAACAACAUCUACCUCAUCGGCGGGUCCAUCCCCGAGCACGAACCGGCCACCGACGCCCUCUACAACACCUCCCUCACCUUCUCCCCCACCGGCGCACUGCUCGCCGCCCACCGCAAGAUCCACCUCUUCGACAUCGACAUCCCCGGCAAGAUCCGGUUCAUUGAGAGCGAGGUUCUCUCCGCCGGCGCCACGCCAACCCUCAUCGACACGCCGUACGGGCGCAUCGGCGUCGGCAUCUGCUACGAUGUGCGUUUCCCCGAGCUGGCGAUGAUGGCGGCGCGCCAGGGCGCGUUCGCGAUGCUGUACCCGGGGGCGUUCAACAUGACGACGGGGCCGCUGCACUGGGAGCUGCUGGCAAGGGCCAGGGCCGUGGAUAACCAGGUGUGGGUGGGGAUGUGCAGUCCUGCGCGCAGCGAGGAGGCGGGGUACACGGCGUGGGGGCACAGCAUGGUUGUUGAUCCGAAUGGAGAGGUGGUGGCGGGGAUGGAGGAGGGUGAGGGGUAUGUGGAGUGGGAGCUGGCGCCGGAGAGGGUGGUGGAGGUGCGUAGGGGCAUUCCCGUGACGAGGCAGAGGAGGUUUGAUGUUUAUGCGGAUGUGGCGGUGGCGGGGCCGACGGAGGGGAAGAAGGGGGUGUAG